AUGAUGAAUUUCAUUCUUGUCACGGGUGCGACUGGCUUCAUCGGUGCCCACAUCGUCGACGUGCUGCUCGCUCGUGGUAUGCGAGUGCGCGGUGCAACACGUUCACUGGAGAAAGGUGAUGCCAUGAUCAAGGCUCGUCCACAGCAUUCAGGGAGACUAGAGUUUGUUCAAAUCGACGACUUCGAAAGGCCUGGGGGUCUAAUGGAAGCUACUGAAGGAGUAGACGGAGUGAUCCAUACGGCCAGUGUAAGUCAUGGUAUCAUUGAUCUCCUCCGUGUUCAGUCACUGAGAAACUUGUUCGCACAGCCCUUCACAUACAAUACAACGAACAAUGAACGUGAGCUUAUCCGUCCCGCAAUAAAUGGUGUACAAGCAGUCCUCGGAGCGGCCAGCAAGAAUGCAAACAUUCGACGCAUCGUCAUUACUUCUUCCUUCGCUUCUGUCCUUGAUACCAAUCGCAAAAGCCCUCCAUAUUUUACCUACACCGGUGCGGAUUGGAAUCCUCUCACCUAUGAGGAGUCCGUGGAUCCAGCUACGAAUGCUAUAAUUGCAUAUCGGGGGUCGAAGAAAUUCGCUGAGUUGGAAGCCUGGAAAUAUGUAGAGGAACACAGCCCGACAUUUGAUAUUGUCGCGCUAUGUCCUCCUAUGACAUUUGGACCGGUGGUGCAUCCCGUUGCUCAGGUGGAUAAACUAAAUGAGUCGAAUGCGAUGUUGUGGAAGAUUGCCAAUGGAGAAAAUCCUCUGCCUGUUGCACGAGUUCCCUUUUGGAUUGAUGUUCGUGACCUUGCCAUUGCACAUGUUGAGUCACUACUUCGAGAAGACGUGGGUGGCAAACGAUAUGUUCCUUCGUCCCCAGAGCGAUUUUUCUAUGGCUUGGCCGCAAAGAUCAUAGCCAGUGAGUUCCCUGAUCUAAAAAACAAAGUCACACAAGAAGAUCAAGUCAUUGAUGAGAGCUGUGGAUUGGAUGGUCAAACUGCUGCAAAGGAAUUGGGAUAUAAGUAUCAUUCAUUUCAUGAUACUGUGAAGGAUCUAGUAUCUCAGUCACUCUCGCUGAGUGAAAGAUCACCUAACUGCUGUUAG